AAAAACAUAAUUAGAAUUACCAGAAGAAGAAACAAAGAACUCCAAAUAUGGAAAUUCUCACUGCAGUUCUCGUCCUAUUUCUUAUAUUAGGGUUUAUAGUACUAAUCUUCUCCUUUUCAACAAAAGCCCUAAAACCACGAACCGAAUCCUCCACCAAGCUAAAGUCGUAUCCACUCAUUGGCUCCAUCCUCUCCUUCAAAAAGAAUCGCCACCGUCUCCUCCAAUGGUACACCGACCUCCUCCGCCUCUCUCCAUCUCAAACCAUCACCGUCGAACUCCUCCUCAACCGCCGAACCAUUGUCACGGCCAACCCCGAAAACGUUGAGCAUAUUCUCAAAACAAACUUUUGUAACUUCCCUAAAGGCAAACCUUUCACCGACCUCCUCGGAGACCUACUUGGCGGUGGAAUCUUUAACUCGGACGGCGAGUUGUGGAGCUCGCAGAGAAAACUUGCCAGCCACGAGUUUACAAUGCGUUCACUUAGGGAGUUCACUUUCGAGAUCCUCCGUGAGGAAGUAGAAACCCGUCUAGUUCCCGUGCUUUCCUCCGCCGCGGACUACGAUGGAGGCAGGACGGUGGACUUUCAGGAGAUCUUGAAACGUUUUGCUUUCGACGUAGUUUGCAAAGUUUCAUUAGGUUGGGAUCCGGAUUGUCUUGAUUUGACCCGACCCGUUCCGGUUCUUGUCGAGGCUUUUGAUGUAGCGGCGGCGAUCAGCGCUCGCCGUGCGACGGAGCCGGUUUACGCCGUGUGGAAGCUGAAGCGUUUGUUGAACGUAGGGAGCGAAAGGAAGCUCAGAGAAGCGAUCAAGACCGUACACAUGUCCGUCUCCGAGAUCAUCAGGGCCAAGAAGAAAAGUCUCAAAAUUAAUGGUAACGUGUCUGACAAGCUAGACCUCUUGUCUAGGUUUCUCGCGGCCGGACAUGACGAGGAAUCAGUGAGAGAUUCAGUGAUCAGUUUUAUCAUGGCGGGAAGGGAUACUACCUCGGCGGCGAUGACGUGGCUUUUCUGGCUGUUGAGUGAGAACCCUAACGUGGAGAAGAAGAUUCUUGAAGAAGUAACAAACAAGGGACCGUUAGGGUUAGGAGUUGAGGAUUUGAGAGAGAUGAGUUACAUGAAAGCUUGUCUAUGCGAAGCAAUGAGACUAUAUCCACCAGUGGCUUGGGACUCAAAGCAUGCAGCAAACGACGAUGUUUUACCGGACGGGACACACGUGAAAAAAGGAGAUAAAGUUACUUAUUUCCCUUACGGUAUGGGAAGGAUGGAGAACGUGUGGGGUCAAGAUUGGGAUGAGUUUAAACCGAACCGAUGGUUUGAGGAAGAACCAAAUUACGGUACAAAACCGGUGUUGAAAAGUGUGAGCUCGUUCAAGUUUCCAGUAUUCCAAGCCGGACCAAGGGUUUGUAUAGGCAAAGAAAUGGCGUUUAUGCAGAUGAAAUACGUGGUUGUUUCGGUUUUGAGCCGGUUUGAGAUCACACCGGUUUGCAAAAACCGGCCGGUAUUUGUUCCUCUUCUAACGGCUCAUAUGGCUGGUGGGCUAAAGGUUAAGAUCGAGAGGAGAAAGUAUUUGUGAUGUCCCCAUUUAAUUAAUCAAGUCAUCAUGUCCUUAUAGAAUAUAAAACGAAUAUGUAAAGUGUGGGGUUUAUACAUUAAAUCAGAUUAAUAUAUGUAUAUGUGAUUCACAGUUUUACACAGCUUGCUCGUGAAUAGAUUUAUUUAUAAAUCAACACUGUCGUCUUA